AUGGCGGACGACCUGAUCCAGAACUCCAUGGCUGGCUCACAGCCUGUGCCGGCCAACUUCGACGCCAGUGACGCAGACAAUCUCGAAGACAUUGAAAAGCAAUUUGCAGUCAAGGCCGUCCAACAUUUAGAGACGUACUGGGCCAUUCUUGAAAAGGUCAAAGGCAGCACCCUGCGACUGACCAAGAUUGACGAUGAAAUCUACGAGCAUCUCUGCAAGGACUUCCCUGAAUUCGACCCGGCCGAGACGAUAGACGAGAGCAAGCUCAAGAGCCCUACGGGAAAGAAGCGAUGGCGUGACUUCAUGAUGGCAUACGAGAAGAAAGUCGAUGACUACAGCUUUGGAACAAUGCUGCGGACAAGCCCGAAGGAGGAGUACACACAACACGGGACUAUCUUUGUACCGCGUAUGCAGUUUUACGCUGUAGAGAUUGCGAGAAACCGGAAGGGACUGAACGAUUGGAUCUAUGAAAAGACCCAGGCGGAGAAGGCGGAGACGAAGUAG